AUGAUAUUGCAGAGUUCUUGGUUUCCGAGGUUCAGAGGGCGCCCCACCACCGAACGGUUGCUGCACGACGGGCACAACGUGACCGUGGUGAGCCGCGGUCAGUUCUACUGGAAGGGCCGCGAGGAGCUGCUGCCUCGGGUGAACCACUGGAGGUGCAACCGGACCCUCACUGUCAAGAAAGGGGCCGCGCUGGAGAAGUCGUCCGGGCUUGCGGCCUGCAACCAGUUCCACGACGCCGGCUUCUUCGACGCCGUGGUGGACUUCUCAUCGAGGAACCACCAGGAGGUGCGGCAGGUGGCGGGGCUGCUGAGCGGGCGCGUGGGAGUGUACGUCUUCGUCUCCUCCCACCUCGUGUACCGGGUGUCCAGGGCCCCCGACCACGACGGGCCCCUGCUGGAGUCGGACGCCGUGAGGCCCGGCCGCGAGGUGUCGCCGCUGGCCCGCGAGCAGGCGCGGGGGAUAGAUGCGCGCGGCGACGGGGACCUGGACUGUGAGACGGAGCUGAUGAAGCAGUACAACGCCGGCGGGUUCCCGUUUGUGGUCCGAUUUUCGGACCGCGAACCCCAUCGGGCCGAAGGAGAACAAGAUCCGGUAUUGGCUGCUUCAUCUGUGGAUUCGAGCGCACCUUGCGCUGACGCUGCCGCUGCACCUGGACCAGAGCUUGCUGCAGACGCCCUUCAGCUUGACCUACACCCCGGACGUGGCGCAGGCUGUGGUACUCGCGAUUACCAAGGCGCGCAACGAGACGUGCUGCCCAGAGCAUGUCGAAGGCGAAGCCUUCAACCUCGCAUGCGAGUUGACGCCUACCCAGCGCGACUUCUACAAUCUGCUGGCUGA